GCGGUGCAGUGGCCACACACUGAAGCGGUUCUUUCUUUAGUUGCGUGCCCCGGCGAAGUUAUGCGUGACGGGGAAGGAAUAAUAUCCAUUUUUCAUCAGAAGCAAAUUAAUUACAGGAUGAUAAUUAUUCAUUUUUGACGUUAUGAUCACCGCGCGAGACGUGACGGCACUACCGUUGGGAGUAAAAGACAAGAGCCACAAACUUGCUUCCUGCUGACACCCUCAUCUUCUCCUUCUCUCCUUUCCUCCUCUCUCCUCUCCUCUCACCCUCCUCCUCUCCAACUCGUCCUAUGUCCCCCAGCACAGGGAGGGAGACAUAGGAAUCCGUGAUCUAUCUUCAUCCAUCUCCUCCUACUCUUCAUUCCCCCCUUCAUAUCUUCCUCCCCUCCUCUCCUAACCUCUCUUCUCUCCUCCUCUUCCCCCCUCCUCUCUCCUCCUCCGCCCUUCCGCCCCUCCUCAUCUCUUCUUCGCACCUUCUCUCCCUCUCUCCUCCCUCUCCUCCUUUCAUCUCUUCUUCUCACCUUCCCUCCAUCUCUCCUCUCCUCCCUCUCCUCCUUUCGUCUCUUCUCCUCGCCUUCCCUCCAUCUCUCCCCUCUCUCCUCCCCUCUCUCCUGCUCCUCCUGUCAUGUCCCUGUCCUCGACGACUCCUCCCCAGAAGAAGCGGUCGCUGGGUCCGGUGUCGCCCAAGCGGUUCUACAGGAGUGUGUCGCUGCGUCUCCGGAGGGCCGAACCGCCACUCCCCGGGGAGGCAGACGCCACCAAGAGAUUCUGGAAGGCCACGCUCACUUACCAGAGUCUGUGGGAGGCGGUGGAGAACGAGGACACGGUGGCCGUGCAGAGCCUCCUCUCCCGGGAGAGGAACAGCGCGGGAGGAGCAGCAGGGGGGAAGGCAGGAGGCGUGGGGAGUCGCGGGGGGAGCCUGUGGGAGCGAGGAGGAGGAGGAGGAGGAGGAGGGGGAGAGAGGAGAGAGAAGGACUGGGAAAGGGAGAGGGAGAAGGGGGUGAACAGGGUGAGCGAACAAGGCCUGGUCCCCCUGGAUGUGGCGGCGCUUACCCACAACUCCCCUCUUCUCCAGGUGCUGGCCAAGGCUGGCGCCCGACACAAUCCUGUCUUGUGUCGGCCGACCGAGUGGUCCAUGAAGCUGGACACGCUGGUGUCCAUGGCGGGGCAGCGGGUGGAGGAGCGGAGGGAGGAGCUGGAGCGGCGGGCUGGGUCGGGGCCCCAGGUCCGGGCGGAGGUGCAGAGACAGAUGUGCCUGUGGAGCCUCCGGCAGCAGCUCUACUGUCGCAUGAGGGACAACUUCCACAGUGCAGAGCUGCCUGCUGCCCCGGGCCACGUGCUGCUCCUAGUGACCAGCUCCUCCUCCCUCUUUGUGGGCAUCAGAGAACCAGACUGCCAGACCACAGGACUGGUCACUAGAUACAGAGUGGAGUGGAGCCCCUCUCCCGAUUUUAAAGUCAUCCUGGGCUCAGUACAGGUGACCGACACCAAGACCCCCUCUUACAGCAUCACAGGCCUAACCACGGGAGUGCAUUACUUUGUGAGGGUCAGUGCCUACAAUGUGAAGGGCUGGGGGCCUUCGCAGUGCUCCACUCCAGUCAGUGCUGCCCCCUCCAGCUGGACAGAGUGUGUAGGUGUCAAGUCUCAGGUCAGGACUCGGGAGGAGGUCCUCAGGAAGGUGAUGGAGGAGAUCAGAGAACCCCAGUACCGAGGCUACUGCAUAGAGAGUUCUACGCCAGAGGGUCCCAGCAAGCGCCGGUCAGUGUCCCGGGGCAUCAAGCAGCUCUUCCAGUCCGCCACCAAGUUCGUCCGCCUCCUGCAGAGAGGCGUGUACUUGGCCACCGUCUUCUACCACAAGGAAAACAUCCUGGUGACCUCAGAGGACCAGCUCCCCUUGGUGGAGAUCCAGUGCUGCUCCACCUCCAUCAUCCAAGACUUCCUGUGGUUCGCUAAGCUGUCGUGUGCAUGGAGGCAGGUGCCCUGGCUCCAGGCGGCCCUGUCCUCCGCCCACUCCUCCCCCUCCUCCCUCAUCCAGAACCGCAACAACAUCCUCCGAGCCGUCGCCCAGCUACAGUCAUCCCUUGGUACUAUGGAUCUGGGUCAGGUGUACUACGAACCCCUGAAGGAUCGUCAAGGCAACGUGCUGCUGGUGACCGUCAAGGAGAUGUCGGACCCCCCAAGCCCCCCAGAGCCCCCGCUCCACUGGGUCCCCCUGGCACGGCUGGAGAAGAACCGCAGCCGAACGGCCCUUCUGCCGGAACCCACCGCCAUCGACACGCUGACAGAGCAGCUCAAGGAGAAGCUGUCCUACCACAGACACAGUCUCCAGCGGCCUCAGGCGGGUCUCUACGUGGGCAUCCUGAAGCUCUGCAGCUCCGUGGACCAGAUCAGAGUCCUGGUUCCCCAGAGGCUGCCCAGCCUGCUCUGCCACACCCGGGUCCGACACAACGCACACGUCUCAAGAGAGGAGUGGACGUGGCUUCAGAGUCACGUGUUCAGCACAACCAAUGGGAGCGUCCAGAAUUUGAUUGGCGAUGAUGAGGGCCAAUUAGAGAGCAGCGGGCUCGUGGACUUUGUUCGCUCCCUGAGAGCCGCAGUCACGCUGCUGCUGACCAAACUCAGCAUCCCCCUCUACAGGGCCUACCAGUAUGGUGUGUACACGCGGGAGCUGCUUGAGUUUGGGGACAAGCUGUCCAUGCUGCUGCUGCUGCCCCCCAGCGAGGACUUCAGCUCCUCCUACUGGCCUCUGCUGGGAACCAAGGAGCCCGGACUCACCCUGCCACUGCAGGUCUUCGAACUCAUCCACUUCUGGACGUAUGAGCGGGACUUCGUGUCCCAGUACUGCCAGGCCUGGGUGCGUCUGGAGCUGGACUCCCAGCUGGCCCAGCAGGCCCUCCGCGAGGCGCUGGACGCACAUGAGGUCCAGGACGCCCGGGAACGCCUCACACACAUCUCCCAGCUCUCUCAGCGACUGGACGCCGUGUGGCGGGACUCCCGGUGGAUCAUGGACUGCCUGCAGUGUGUGCGGUCGCGCCAGUGGGUGGGCGCGGUGCCUCUGGGGCUGGUGAUGGGCGGAGACCCCCCGCCCUGCCCGGACACCGAGGAGGAAGAAGAGAGUCUGACGGCCCGCUGCUUCUGGCCGCCACGCCUUCAGCCCCAGAGGACCAUGCCGGGCAUCACAGUGUGUCCAGGGGCUCUGGUCGUGGCCACCCCUGUCCCCGUCAGCCCUGAGGUGGGUCCUGCAGCACCCGGGCUUCUGGUCCCACAGCAGGCCAUCAGCACCCUGCUGGAGGGCGUGGCUAAGGGCGGCUACCCAGUCGACAUCAGUGCCCAGCUGGACCAGACAGAGCUGGACAGCGCAGGUUCUCUGCUGCAGCAGGGGCUGACGGAGCCGGCACUGACGGAGCCCAAGGUGGGGUACGACAGUCUGGUGGCUCCCACUAUCCCCCCCUUCUCCACUGAGCCGGCCCACCCCCAUAGCAUCAGCGAGGUCCUGGAGCCCAUGGAGAUGGCGGAGCUGGUGGACAUCCUGCCCACCCUCAGCCUCAUCGAGGAGGAGACGAUGCCCGUCGACUGCUCCACCCCCUCCAUGAUGGAGAUGCUGCAGAGCUUCGGCCUGGGCAUCGGGGAGCCCGGAACCUUCUUCGACCUGGACAACCUAGACAUGAGCCCCGGGGCGGCCAGCACCUCGCUGCCCGACGCCUACGACAAUCACAUCGCCACGGAGACAGCCGCCCCAGAGGGAUGCUGGGAGAACAAGGCCCUGCUGGGGGCGGCGGCGGCGGCUCCGUUAGGGGGGCCGGGCUCACCGUCGGCCGGUGACAGCCGGAGGACAGGCACGCUCGUCGUGGGGAGAGGUCAGGUAGAGUGGGUGACCUCAUCUCACGAGAGCUCCUGAUGACCUCUGACCUUCCGACAGAGGACUGAAGAAGAGCUCCCCCACCCCAUCACCACCCCAUCACCAAUAUGAUGUACCAUCCAUCGCGCCACAAUCACUUCUUCUGCAUCAAUCACAAACCCUUAGUUCCGACCCCAGUGAGGCCUUGACAUCACAGAAGUAGACACGUUGGAUCGUGUUCUACUCCUUAAAGAUACAGGAGAUCAUUCCUUGGCACAUUUGUACCACUAGCUUGUUUUACUUCUCGAAUGGGAGACUUUAUAAUGCAAUAGUCAAAACUGAAAAAUAUUUCUAUAUGUAUUCUUUCCAGCAUAUCCUGGAUAAUCUCCAUCAUGUGAUAUUUACUAUAUGAUAUACUACAUUUAUACUAUAUAUAAAUAAAUAUACAUGUAUAGAGUACUUGAAACGACGACAGAGUUGACCAUCAAGGACAGAAGGAACAGUAAUAAUAUUAAUAGGAGAUUAUGAUUAAUAGGUUUAUUAUAUUUACGGACGGCUCAAUCUCAUAUGUACCCAAGUUCUAGUCAGUUUAUAUAUUUGUAUAUUUGAUCAUUUAAAACCAGAAUGUUCAGGGAUCCUCAUCGAGAUAAGGGGGACUUGGAGGAUGUGUUUGAUGGCCGUUAUUUGGUGGUUCAAUUGGGUCAGGUUCUCCUGGUUCAAGGGUUAGAGUUAGGGUUAGGGUUAGAGGGUUCGGGAAUUUAAUACAAACGGGAGCAAACAGCAAUCAAGCGGACCGAGGUUUGUUUGCUUGGUCAACAGCUGCAGUCUUCUUUCUACAGACAACCAACCAGGAAUGAGGUUGUCAAGGCCUGAGAUGGAGAAGCAGUAAAAACGGUUCUAAAACAUUAUUAUAGCUGCACUUACAUGUUGCUUUAUCAAUUUAGUAUGAGUGUUUCCACUGCUCUGUGUCCUGUGGUAAAGGGUUCUGAUUAUCAGAUUUCAAACAAUGUUUAGCAACUCAUUGUUUUACCCCUACAGCAAUAAUUGUAUGUUCUUUAAGCUUCUUGGACAUGAACUCACUUAUAUUUCCUGGUAACAAGCAAUGUAUUACUUUGAUGAAGUAGGCCUACAGGUUUCACGUGAUGAUUGGACUAGCAAAAGACUAUAGCCUACCUAAAACAUUGUCGUUUGAUGAUGAACUAUGCAUCCUUCUUUAAUAAUGUGGAGUAUAUAAAACAAUAUAUAAUAGUCAUAAAUUCUGCUGUCACAUCGUGGAACAGUUAUCAGUUGUUAAUAACCUUAAACCUCAUCGUUUUUAAUUAAUGGGGUUUGUUUUACGCAAACCAAAAUCAACAAACUUUUUCAUUAAGAAACAAGCAGGGGUUUGGUCUUCUGUCAUUUCACUUGGUAUUCUAUUGUAGUAGUCUAUUGUCCCUUUGUUUCAACAUUUCCUGUUACAUGUUUUAAAAACUCAUUGUUUUCUCAUCAUAAAAUAAAUGUUGU